GGCGCUCGGUGAGGCGGCGGCGGCGGCGGCGGCAGCAGCAGCGGCGGCUGCUGGGCGAGUGGGUGCAGGCCAGGUCCAGGUGGUCAGGUCGCCGAGGCGGGAGGGCAGGGGAGGAGGGCUCGAGCCGCUGUGCGUGUGUGGAGGCGUGCGCCCUGCCCCCUCCCCCCUCACCCCGCUCCCUCUCCCCACCUCCCCGCCCCGGCCGGGGGGCAGCCUCGCGGCUCCCUCCUUCCCCCCCAACCCGCCCUCUCUCUCCUUCCCCGGACCGGGGCAGCCCCCGCAGCCGCCGCCGCCAUGAUCCUGCUGGAGGUGAACAACCGCAUCAUCGAGGAGACGCUCGCGCUCAAGUUCGAGAACGCGGCCGCCGGAAACAAACCAGAAGCAGUAGAAGUAACAUUUGCAGACUUUGAUGGAGUCCUUUAUCAUAUUUCAAAUCCCAAUGGAGACAAAACAAAAGUGAUGGUCAGUAUUUCUUUGAAAUUCUACAAGGAGCUACAAGCACAUGGAGCUGAUGAGUUGUUGAAGAGGGUAUAUGGAAGUUUCUUGGUAAAUCCAGAAUCAGGAUACAAUGUCUCAUUGCUGUAUGACCUUGAGAACCUGCCUGCAUCAAAAGACUCCAUCGUGCAUCAGGCUGGAAUGUUGAAACGAAACUGUUUUGCCUCUGUCUUUGAGAAAUACUUCAAAUUCCAAGAAGAGGGAAAGGAGGGAGAGAACAGGGCAGUAAUCCAUUACAGAGAUGAUGAGACAAUGUAUGUUGAAUCUAAGAAGGAUCGAGUCACCGUUGUCUUUAGCACAGUAUUUAAGGAUGAUGAUGAUGUGGUGAUUGGAAAGGUAUUCAUGCAGGAGUUCAAAGAAGGACGCAGGGCCAGCCACACAGCUCCACAGGUCCUCUUCAGCCACAGGGAACCUCCUUUAGAGCUGAAAGACACAGAUGCAGCUGUAGGAGACAAUAUUGGCUACAUCACCUUUGUGCUGUUCCCCCGCCAUACCAAUGCUAAUGCCAGAGACAAUACCAUUAACUUGAUUCACACAUUCCGAGAUUACCUGCACUAUCACAUCAAAUGCUCUAAGGCCUAUAUUCACACACGAAUGCGGGCAAAAACGUCUGACUUCCUCAAGGUGCUGAAUCGUGCACGCCCAGAUGCAGAAAAAAAGGAAAUGAAAACAAUCACGGGGAAGACGUUUUCAUCCCGUUAAACUCAUGGGAACAGACGGAGUAGAAGGCUGACAGCAGAAGGCUGGAGCACUUGCUACCGGAUAAUCGUAGCUUUUAAUAUUGCACCUCUCCAGAUUCUAAAGGAAUUCUCCCAUUUUUGGUUCUAUUUUGUACACGUUUGGAAAAUAAUCUGCAGAAUCGAGCUGUGCUUGCAAGGACUUCAUAGUUCCCAAGAAUUUAAAAAAAAAAAAGAAAGAAUUCCACUUUGAUCAAUUUAAUUCCUUUUCUUUAUCCCCCCCUCACCGCCACCACCUCCCCUCCCUACUCCCCUCCCUUUUCUUUCCAAGCUGUUUUCGCUUUUGCAAUACGUUACUGGUAAUGAGUUGCAGGAAAUACAAUAUUAACUUGUUUUUCUCCUAAGUAUUUGAGUUUAAAACUCCUGUAUCUAAAAAUACGGUUGGGGUCAUUAAUAAAGAAAAAUCUUUCUAUCUUAAA